CACAAAGUUGAAGUUUCGCGGCUCGGCAUCAUUUCCUUUCACUUCCACGAGACUGUUUGCGGUUGCGGAUCCAAGGAAGCCAAUAAGCGGAAAAGACCCACUCCAAUCUACAGGACCCAAGGUUGCCCCAUAGUUGAUUGGAUAGAUAGGAAGUCAGAAGACUGUUACUUAUUUUAAAAAUGGUAUACAUCUCGUCCCUUAUUCCCCUGACAUUGGCGUUGACGGCCUCGUCCGUCAGUGCCUUUCUUUCGCCCAAAAUAUCGGUGGCUUCACCGACAAUUGCUACCGGUAGCAGAACAAGUGUUCUGAAGGCGUCACCCGAAGAUAAUGCUAGCAGCAAUAGUGAAGAGCCCUUGGACUGUUUGGUGAUUGGCGGUGGAAUUUCUGGUUCUACCUUGGCCCACAAUCUACAUGCCAACCAUGAUUUGAACAUUGUGUUGGCCGAGGCUCGAGACUAUUUGGGCGGCAACGUGAUUUCUCACGAGACAGACGAUGGAUUCAUCUGGGAGGAAGGACCCAACUCGUUUGCCACACAACCUUCCAUUGUGCGGAUAGCCUACGAAUUGGGAAUUGACGAUCAACUCGUCUUUGCCGAUGAAGCCUUGCCUCCUUGGGUCAAUCACAAUGGCAAACUACAUCCUCUUCCCAAGGGUCAAGGUGGCAAGGGACCCAAGGGACAGCUAGAACUCGUCUUUGGUCCCAACGGGGUCCUCAAGUUUGCUCUCGUGGGAGAUCUACUCAGUUGGCCAGGACGCAUCCGGGCCGGGAUUGGUGCCUUUUUGGGACAUGCUCCACCUCCCGAAGGCAAGGAAGAAACCAUUCGAGAAUGGGUCGAACGUAUCCUGGGAGAAGAAGUGUUUUUGAGGUGCAUUGAUCCCUUUGUAUCGGGAGUAUAUGCCGGAAAUCCAGAAACACUGAGUAUGACCGCUGCCCUACCCAAAAUUGCACGCAUCGAAAAGAUCUCGUAUAGCAUUGGCUGGAACAAAUGGGGUGCCAUCUUUUAUGGUGGUUUGAAGCGACAAGUCGAACUCACCAAGGAACGCAAAGCCGAUCCACCCGCUCCGGAGUGGCCCGAGUUCGAAUACGGCAAUCCAGGAUCCUUCAAGAAGGGUCUUUCCACUUUGCCCAAUGCCAUUAAAAAGGAGCUAGGAGACGUUGUGAAACUGCAGUGGAAACUCACCAAACUCGAAAAGAACAGCGAGACUGGUGAUUACAAGGCGACAUUUGAUACUCCCGAUGGAGAAAAAACAAUCGCGGCCAAGACAGUGGUCUCCACAGCUCCAGCGCAUUCCUUGAGGAAUGUCCUGGAUCCCGUCCUUCCAGGGGCUGCUUGUCUCUUUGACAAAGUUCGAGAGGAAAUUGAUCGAGUGGGAAUCUACCAUCCUCCCGUCUGCGCCGCGACAGUAGCCUACCCCAAGAGCUCCUUCAAGGAUGUGGAACUGCCCAAUGGCUUUGGAAAUCUGCAGGAUCUACCUGGCUUUGGAAGUUUGAAUCCACGUACCGAAGGCGUUCGAACCUUGGGUACUCUGUGGAGUUCGUCCCUCUUCCCUGGACGUGCCCCCAAGGACUACAACUUGCUGUUGAACUACAUUGGUGGCUCUCGCGACACGGCCUUGGCCGAUUUGUCCGAUGAAGAAAUCAUUGCCGAAGUUGACAAGGGAUGUCGUCAAGUGUUGCUCAAACCAGAUGCUCCGAAACCCAAAGUGCUGGGCCUCAAAAUUUGGCCCACGGCCAUUCCUCAAUACGAACUAGGACAUUCGGAUAUCAUUCAGGAAUUGGAGGCAGCGGAAAAGAAACAACCUGGCUUGUGGGUUUGCGGCAACUACCGCACAGGAGUGGCCUUUCCAGAUUGCGUGACAUUCGGAUAUGAACAAGCCAAGAAGGUCAAAUCCUUUUUGGAUGGCGACACGGAGGAAACAGAUGAUGAUGCUAGUAGUAUAGAAGAACCUCAAACGACGGGCAAGAGUGAGCCCAUGAAGCAACCAUUCUUUGCGACGGCGAAGGCCGAAGUUGAGGAGAAGAAACUGGUUAAUGUGUAAACAGUAAAACAGUGGAUUUGCUACG